AUGGAGAACUUUACACUUGAUCAUGAGAUUAAUCCUUUACAGAUCUUUGUCAUUUUUACCCAUUUCAAAGUGCUUGCAGCAACUGCUCUCAUAGCAACUGCAAUUUACCUCUCAUUCAAAUCCAAUCGCAUUUAUCUCAUCAAUUUCGUAUGUUACCGAUCGCCGGACGACCAUCGAGCACCAGCCUCGACACUCAUAGAACACGCCCACAUCAUGGACAAAUUUGACUCCCAGACCAUUGAGUUUCAAAAGAAAAUGAUAGAGAGAUCAGGCAUUGGAAGUGAAACCCACUUGCCUGCCAGUUACUAUUUACUCCCACCGGCCGAUCCUGCCUUGAGUUCUACGGCACUCGAAGUAGAAACAGUUCUGUUUUCAGUAGUUAAAGAUCUGUUCACCAAGCAUAACAUUAGCCCAAGUAGCAUUGACAUCCUCAUCACCAAUUGCAGCCUCACUUGCCCAACUCCCUCAAUAGCUGCAAUGAUCAUCAAUAAAUUUGGGCUUAAAAGCAAUGUCAUAAGCUUUAAUCUCUCUGGGAUGGGCUGCAGUGCUGGAAUUUUGUCAAUCUGCUUGGCUCAAGACCUCCUCAAGGUUCGCAAGAACUCAUUAGCUUUGGUACUUAGUGUAGAAUUGCUGUCCUCAAAUUUAUACCAGGGAAGGAUGAAGUCCAUGCUGCUUGCCAACUGCUUGUUUCGAAUGGGAGGCGCUGCAAUUUUGCUAUCUAAUCGAAAACGGGACCGGGACAUAGCUAAGUAUGAACUUCAACAAACGGUCCGAACUCAUCUUGGGUCUAUGGAAGGUGCUUACAAGUGUGUUAUCCAAGAACCGGACGACGACGGUUACACCGGGGUGGCCCUCUCAAGAUCAAUAAUACAAGUAGCAGGAGAAGCUUUGAAAGCUAACAUGACAUCUCUAGGUUCAAUGGUUCUUCCCUACUCCGAACAGAUCAAAUACAUUUUAUCCAUUAUAUGGAAGAAAGUAUGGCCCCGGGCAAGGAAAAGGGGGGCUUAUAUACCAGAUUUUAGGAAGGCUUUCGAGCAUUUCUGCAUUCAUGCUGGGGGAAAGUCCGUGAUCGACACUAUAAAGGAUAGGCUAAAGUUAACAGAUAGGGAUGUUGAGGCAUCAAAAAUGACACUUUAUAGAUUUGGAAACACAUCGUCUUCAUCGACGUGGUACUCACUUUGCUAUCUCGAAGCUAAGGGAAGGAUGAAAAGGGGUGAUAGAGUUUGGCAGCUUGGUUUUGGGAGUGGUUUCAAGUGUAACAGUGCAGUUUGGAAAUGCAUUACGAAACUCAAGCCAGACAAUUCAAAUGCAUGGUCAGAUAGGAUCCAUCGAUACCCAGUGGAGGUGCCAGAGGUGAUUGAUAAUUAA